AUGGAUCGUACUUGGAUGUACAAUAGAGUACAUGAAAAUAGACGCGGAUUAAAAAAGGAGUAUGUUAGUGGUGUUAAAGAUUUUGUGAAGAGGGCUUUGAAACAACCGAUUUGUAUAUCUGAGAAAGGGAUAAGGUGUUCGUGUAUAAAAUGCAAGUGUAUGAAGAUAUCUACAGCAACUACUGUUAGACUUCACUUGUACCGAGAUGGAUUUCAACCAGAUUAUUGGAUUUGGACUGAACACAGAGAAGUGAAGCCAAUGGUUGAAACAAGGGGUGGUUCGACUAGUAGUAGGAUUGUGCAUCAUGACGACCAAUUUAAUGCAACGGAUGAAAUGGUGUUUGAUGCUUUUAGGCCUUAUCUGGAUGUCCUUGAUGUGAACACUAACAUGCGAAAUGAGACAUUUGUUGAGGAUGAGUUGCCUAACGAAGAUGCAAAACGAUUUUAUGACAAGUUGAUAUCCACCAACAAGCCCAUCUACGAGGGGGCUACCCAAUCAAUGUUAUCAAUAUAUGUUCAACUUCUGGAUAUUAGGUCUAAUUGGCAUGUUCCACAAAAAGGUAUAGAUUUUGUUACAAAAAUUCUUAAAAGUGUAUGUCCAGUGCAAAAACGUUUGCCCGAUAACUAUUACCAAGCAAUAGAAUUGGUGUCAAACUUAGGGUUGAAGGUUGAGAAGAUUGAUUGUUGUAAGAAAGGAUGUAUGUUAUAUUACAAGGAUGAUAACAAGUUAUCUGAGUGCAAAAUUUGUCAUUCUCCUAGGUUCAUUCCACGUAGGACUGGUAUGGGAAAAUACAAAGAUGUUCCAGCAAAAAGGAUGUUUUAUUUCUCUAUCAUUCCUAGAUUACAAAGAUUGUUGGGUCUAUGUUCAGAUGGAUUUACUCCUUAUAUUCAAGCGUUUGCUUCUCCAUACUCAUGUUGGCCAGUUAUACUCACUCCAUACAAUCUUCUCCCUGAAAUGUGCAUGACCAAACCAUACUUAUUUUUAACUUGUCUCAAACCUGGACCUUCUAAUUCCAAGAAAAAUAUAGAUGUCUACUUGCAACCAUUGAUUGAUGAUUUGCAACGAUUGUGGUCCAACGAAAUUUUGACCUAUGAUAUAUCCACCAAACAAAAUUUCAUCAUGAAAGCAUGCUUGAUGUGGACUAUUAAUGAUUUUCCCGCCUAUGGUAUGUUAUCUGGAUGGGGAACACAAGGUAAGUUGGCAUGUCCUCAUUGUAUGGAAGACACAAAAGCUUUCACUUUCAAAUAUGGUGGUAAGAAUUAUUGGUUUGAUGGUCAUCGUCGAUUCUUGCCAGCUAAUCACUCUUUCAAAAGAAGUAAAAGAAGUUUUACAAAAAAUAGGGAUGAGAAAGAAGGUCAACCUUACGUUUAG